CUUUAUCCAAACCAAAGCCAGUUGUUUUAUUCUCUGUAUUUCAGAAAAAGCCCAAGUUUCCAAUUUUUUUUUCCCUACCAUAUAUUGGGGUCUUUUCGGAUUUUUAUUUUUUAUUUCCUUUAUUCUCAUGAAGAGCCAAACUCCUAUCAACAGGAGGCUGCAUAUCGGCCGUUUCUUUUUCUGCAUGUCCUCUUCACCGCAUUAAUAAAACAUCCAUUACGUUUGAACUCUUUGUUCAAGCUGCUGGGUAUUUAUAUAUAUAGCCAGUUAUUCCGCAAUCACAACUGAAGCCACCCCAGUUCUCAAUAGAAUUUUGGCCUCAGAGUCUGAAACCCACUUGCAAUUCCUACAAUAUUCCUUGAUUCCAAGUCAUCUGCUGCUUAAUUACUCCUCCUCUAUAGCCAAAUAAUCCAGUAUUUGCCAGACCUCAAAUCCCAGAUUCCCACAUACACAGUGCAACACAGACUACAUCUUGUACUUCAUCUUCUCAUCGCCAUAUGUAGUUUCAAAUAUUUCAGCCCGUGAGGAUAGAAAUUGUUUUUGCUCACUUCUUGAGCUCCAUUUUUCUUCUCUGGCAAUUGUCAUUUUGUAACUCUCUCGAGUACGUUUCUUUAUUUUACUUUGAUGUUUCUUGGUUCAUGAGAUCAGUCUCCGUAUUAAUGACAAUUGUAAACGGAAUGGCUCUAUGUAAGUGGGAAUUCAAAUCUACAAGCGAAAACCCAUGCGCAGCUCUAGAAUUCAAUCUUAAUGAGCCACUUGCUGGGCAUGUGGAACCAACUCCGAAGCAGUUUUGGGUUCCUGGACCCAUUAUCAUCGGAGCAGGGCCAUCUGGCUUAGCCACUGCAGCUUGCCUUCAAGACAAAGGUGUCCCUUCUCUUAUACUCGAGAAGGAGAACUGCAUCGCCUCCUCGUGGAAGCUUAGGACAUACGAACGACUAACCCUCCACCUCCCAAAGCAGUUUUGUGAGCUACCCCUUAUGUCAUUCCCUGCUAACUUUCCAACAUACCCUACUAGAGAGCAGUUCAUUAGCUAUUUAGAAUCUUAUGUGGACCACUUCUCCAUUAAACAUUUGCUUGGGAUGGAGGUCAAGUGUGCAGAAUAUGAUUCAAGCAUCGGAUUCUGGAGAAUCCGUGUCAACGACUUGCAGUUUAUAACUCGAUGGUUAAUCGUCGCUACAGGGGAGAACUCAGAGGCCGUCGUUCCGGAGUUCAAAGGGAUCAUGGAUUAUAAAGGACAGGUCUUGCAUACGAGUUAUUAUAAGAAAGGAGAUGACUUUAGAAGGAAGAAAGUUUUGGUCGUGGGAUGUGGGAAUUCAGGCAUGGAGGUUUGCUUGGAUCUCUGUAACAAUCAAGCUCAAGCCUCUAUUGUUGUUCGAGAUAAGAUGCAUGUCUUGCCAAGGGAAAUACUUGGGAUCUCAACCUUUGGUCUCUUAAUGUGGCUUCUCAAGUGGUUUCCUAUAUCAGUGGUAGAUAGUAUCCUCCUAUCCUUAUCAUGGCUUAUACUAGGAAAUACCGAAAGAUACGGCCUAAGACGACCAAAAGUUGGACCCCUACAACUAAAGAAUAAAACAGGGAAGACUCCAGUUCUGGAUGUUGGAACCCUAGCGAAGAUAAAGAACGGUCAAAUACAGGUGGUUCCUGGUAUAAACCGAUUCACAGAGAACGGUGUGGAGUACGUAGACGGGAGGCAGGAGAAUUUCGACUCUAUCAUCUUGGCAACUGGCUACAAGAGCAACGUGCCCUCAUGGCUAAAGGAAGCGGAGUUUUUCAGUAAAGAAAAUGGGUUACCAAGGAAUCCAUUCCCAGGCAAUUGGAAAGGAAAGAAUGGAUUAUAUGCGACAGGCUUUACCAGGAGAGGAUUACUGGGAUCUUCUACUGAUGCAAAAAGAAUUGCAGAGGAUAUCGCAUCUCAAUGGAACUUGAAGCCGAAGCAUCCACCUUCAGAUCUGUAAAAAUAGCGACAUACCUCAGACCAAACAAUAAGGACAGAAGCAACUUGUAUCAUAACAAUAAUCCUACAGUUUUCUUUCUCCUUCAGGCAGUGUGCAAUGAUAGCUAAAAAGGAAAAAUCAAAAUGCGCAUCUUGGCUUGUGAAGCAUAAUGAGUAUAGCAGUAUUAUUAAGUCAUCCCUUCC